AUAUAUUAGCAUUUGACUCAUAUAAGCAGAGUUACCAGAAUAGGAAGUGAAAAUGUUAUUAAUAUAGAUCGGGGAUACGUGCAGGGCUCUCAAUAACAGAACAGCGCGACACUGAGCGGUUUACGAGCAGUUGUGAAGCCAUACUGCAGUCAUGCUCAAAUCCCGUCCUCUCCUUACACUCUUGGAACCUGUUGCCUGCAGAUGGCCAGUCACCUGCCUUACAUCCAGCACCUUUACAGUGUCUCCUAGACUUUUCCACCAAAGAAGACUGUCCACACAUAGCCCCUCUCCUCAAACCCCAGAGUCAGUCGAAGUCCUCGGCUGCACCUACCCUCGAGAUUACAUGACGAACGUCACACCUAAAAUCCUGUCCAAUGUGGGCAGACAGCUUCAUAAUCAGGCCCAUCACCCACUGUGGAUCAUUAAAGAGCGGAUAAAAGAGCAUUUCUACCAUUCAGACAUAAGCCGAUCUGGCACGCCGCUCUUCUCAGUGCAUGAUAACCUCAGUCCUGUGGUCACAGUAGAGCAGAACUUCGACAGCCUACUUAUCCCAAAAGAUCACCCCAGCAGGAAAAAGGGCGACAACUACUACCUGAACCGCACACACAUGCUCCGUGCACACACCUCCGCUCACCAGAAGGAGCUAGUCCGUUCCGGCCUCGACUGCUUUCUGUUAGCUGGAGAUGUCUACAGGAGGGACGAGAUCGACGCCAACCACUAUCCUGUCUUCCACCAGAUGGAGGGAGUGCGACUGUUCUCCAACCAUGAGUUGUUUGCUCGAGUGAAGAACGGUGAGGACCUGUCACUGUUUGAACACGGUGGGCGGCGAACACCUGAGAAACAGGAGACUCACACUCUGGAGGCCGUGAAGCUGGUGGAGUUCAACCUGAAACACACACUCACCCGGCUCAUGAGGCAUCUCUUUGGAGAAGAGCUGGAGAUCCGCUGGGUGGAGUGCUACUUCCCGUUCACACACCCCUCUUUCGAAAUGGAGGUGCGCUUUCAGGGAGACUGGCUUGAGGUGCUGGGCUGUGGUGUGAUGGAGCAGGAACUGCUGCAUUCAGCUGGUGUGGAGAAUAAAAUUGGCUGGGCUUUUGGAUUGGGUCUGGAGAGGCUCGCAAUGGUUCUGUUCAACAUCCCGGAUAUCCGACUUUUCUGGAGCAAGGAUGAGCGCUUCCUAAAUCAGUUCCGUCUCGCCAACAUCAAUGACCCUGUCACCUUUCAGCCCUUCAGUAAAUAUCCACCACUCUUCAAUGACAUCUCCUUUUGGCUGCCAGCAGAAGGUUACACAGAGAAUGACUUCUACGAUUUGGUGCGCAGCAUAGGAAGUGAUCUCGUGGAGAAAGUCACUCUGCAAGACCAGUUCACUCAUCCAAAGACGAAGAAGGUGAGCCACUGUUACAGAAUCGUGUACCGUCACAUGGAAAGAACCCUAAGCCAGGAGGAGGUGCGGUUAAUUCACCUGGCUAUUGAACAAGCAGCUGAGCGAGAGCUGGGAGUUCAGGGCAGAUACUGAGAACUACUUGGCCUCUGGUACUCACUCUGGGAUGAAAUAAAGCAUAAAGUCUGUCUAUACCAAAA